GAUCUGCUCUCUCAUCACUGUUUUCCGGUCUCUUCGUUUGAUACAUGUGCGUUUGAGAUAUCCUCUGUCGCGUGUUUCGCAGCGCUGCGAGUUCUGGUUGGGAUGCUAGAUUGGGACCCUCUUACGAAAAGAGCUGAGACGAAUCUUCUUCUAUCAGUCGCUGCACUACGGUUUUCGAGAUACCUAGUACCCCGGCCCCUUUGCGCAUCCUCAGGGAGCCACCACGGCGUUUUUUGGAGUCUGGUUUCCGCGAGUACCCCUUUUUCACGAGCGAGUUCGUCUCGUCCCGUGUGUAUCAGUAUCACGCUCUUGGGUUGGCUUUUCUCACUUCUGUCUAUCUCACUUUUUUCACACUUCACCUGCCAUGUUGGCUUCGGGGCUUCAUGCCUCGGUCACACGGGUCACGAUCGUUCGCUAUACCCUUUAAUGUUUUAGACUCUCUUUAGCACCUACCUCGGGUAUCGUCGAGGCGGCUGCAUGACGUUUGUACAGUAGCUUGG